AUGAGCGAACAGAACAACCAUCUUAAGCCAUCUGGGGCCAGCAUUGCCGACUCGGAGAAGACCGCAGCUGUUAGCAAAGCACCCUCCGUCAUGGACUACGAGAAGACAGAUGCUAUUUCCGCACGGGAAACUUCCGCCGAGCCACAAACAGCACCCGGGACUGCGAACUCAAAGGAACAGACAAUCGUCGACGAGGCAGAUCGGGCGGCGGAAGAGGACGAGGAGGACUACCCCAAAGCAUGGCGCCUUGGUGUCAUCACCAUAGCCCUGUGCUUGUCCGUCUUCUGCAUGGCAUUGGACAACACCAUCAUCGCAACUGCUAUCCCGCGCAUCACAGAUCAGUUCAAGGCCCUCAAUGACGUCGGAUGGUACGGGAGUGCAUACCUUCUCACCACCUGCGCGACACAACUCAUCUACGGAAAGUUCUACACCUUCUACUCGAUCAAAUGGGUCUACAUCUCCGCCCUGUUUAUCUUCGAGCUCGGCUCCCUCAUCUGCGGUGUUGCGCCCAACUCCACCGCCCUAAUCAUCGGACGCGCCAUCGCCGGUGUCGGUUCAGCAGGUAUCUUCAGCGGGGCUAUUCUCAUCAUCACUGUCAGCGUGCCCCUGCGACAACGUCCGGCCUACAUGGGCCUGAUCGGCGGUAUGUACGGGAUCGCUAGUGUUGCGGGUCCACUCCUCGGUGGUGCCUUCACCGAUCACUUGACCUGGAGAUGGUGCUUCUACAUUAACCUCCCCCUUGGAGCUGUCACCGCUGCGUUUAUCAUCCCGUUCUUCAAGAUCAAGCGCCGCAAUGCUAAGAUCAAUUCCACUUUCCUCGAGCAGCUCAAGAGGUUCGAUCUCGAGGGUAGUGCCCUGUUCCUACCAGCCAUUAUCUGCUUGCUUCUUGCUCUCCAGUGGGGUGGCAGCAAGUACGAGUGGAAGAACGGUCGGAUCAUCGCUCUGUUGGUCAUUGCCGCUCUACUGAUCAUUGGUUUCCUUGCUAUUCAAGUCUGGAAGCAGGAAGAUGCUACCGUCCCUCCUCGUGUCUUCAAGAACCGCAACGUCUGGGGAUCUGCCUGGUUCGUGGCCAUGUUGGGCGCUGCCUUCUUCGUCAUGGUCUACUACAUUCCCAUCUGGUUCCAAUCUGUCAAAAGCGUUUCGGCCACGAAGUCGGGUAUCAUGAACCUGCCAGCUAUUCUCGGACUUGUCGUCAUCUCUAUGAUCUCAGGCGCAGCUGUCACUGUUGUCGGUUACUACACGCCCUUUAUGCUCGUCUCCUCAGUCUUCAUGACCAUCGGCGCCGGCCUUCUCUCUACCUUCGAGACCGAUACCAACUCUGCCAAGUGGAUCGGCUACCAGUUCAUCUUCGGUGCGGGUGUCGGUUUCGGUAUGCAGCAGGCACUUGUCGCCGUUCAAACCGCACUUCCCAAGGACGACGUGCCCAUCGGCACGGCCAUCAUGAUGUUUUCCCAGACUCUUGGUGGCGCCCUCUUCAUCUCCGUCGGUCAGAACGUCUUCACCAACCAGCUCAUCAAGAAUUUGCAGACCGUAGUGCCGGACCUGAAUCCCAGCAUUGUGCUUGCAGUCGGCGCAACCGAGCUAAAGAACCAGAUUGAGGAGAAAUUCCUGAGCGGCGUGUUGACGGCAUACAACGCUGCGCUGACGCAGACAUUCUAUGUUAGCGUUGCCACGGCUGCUAUGUCCAUCUUUGGCGCGGCCUUUGUUGAAUGGAAGAGCAUGAAGGGUAAGGAGAUUGUAAUGGGUGCGGCGUAG